AUGAGAGAGCUACCGUUGCAAUGGCGUUGCCUCAGUUCUACGCACAUUGUUUUUCUGGGCUUCUCCAUGGCUCUCUUAUAUCUUUUUUUCCUUUUGUUGAGCCUGGCGAGCUUAGCCCAACAAGCUGAGCUCGCCGAAUAUGUCUUCACUAAUACCGGUUCCGAAGGUGGAGGGAACACCUUCCCUGGCGUAUCAGAACCCUUCGGCAUGGUGAAGCUUGGCCCUGAUGUCUUUCAGGACAAAGUUGAUGCAUACUCGGGCUACUUGCCCAAUGGAAAAAUCCAGGCAUUCAGCAUGCUUCACCUCAGCGGCACCGGCGGAGCUCCCAAAUACGGUGUCGUGGCUCAGAUGCCAGCAGUAGGAGAUAUCACCAACCCCCUCGAUGACUUCUCGGCAGCGCGAGAUGUGCCCGACAUGACCGAGGUCGGCUAUUACAAGUCAAGCCUUGCGACUGGCAUCAUGGUGGAGCUGGCAGCCUCUUCUAGGGCUGGCAUGCUUCAGUACACUUUUAAUUCUUCGGGUUCGACCCCGCGAAAUGUCAUCGUCGACGUCUCACACGUUCUUCCUUCGUACAGGGGAAUGGGACUAGGCCAGAAGUAUCUCGGCGGCAGCAUAAGUGUAGAUAGGGACAACUCGGGAAAGGUGAAAUAUAGAGGAUCCGGCUCGUACGACAACGGAUGGAAUCGAGCUCCCAAGUGGACCGUCUAUUUUUGCGGCACCUUCAACUCUUCUGCUACCUUCAAGACGUUUCUCGGCAACAACGCUUCCGGUAACACCUUGUCCAAGUUGUCGAAUGACAACAAGGUUGAAUCGGAGAACCGCUUGGGAGCCGUCUUCACCUUUGACGACGCCAAAGUGGUCUCGCGCGUGGGUGUUUCGUUCAUUUCAGAGGACCAGGCAUGCACAAACUUGGAUCAGCAGAUUCCCGAAAGCAUGUCGAUCUCACAACUGCGACAGCAAACAAGGGAUGUCUGGAACACUAAAGUCCUCUCCAGAGUGACUUCAAACGACAAAAACACCACCAAGUUGCGGCAGCUAUACACCUCCAUGUACUUCAUGCACCUAAUGCCUAUCAACAAAACCGGAGAAAACCCAGAAUGGAAAUCGACCGAACCAUACUAUGAUGAUAUAUUCACUCUCUGGGAUUUGUUUCGCUGCACCACUGCUCUGCUUCAUGUCUUUCAGCCCACAGUCUACGAAGAAUUCAUUCGAUCUUUGAUUGACACCUGGCGCCAUGAUGGUUACCUACCUGAUGCUCGGUCUUCUUUUUUCAAUGGUGCGACACAGGGAGGAAGCAACGCGGACACGGUUCUCGCCGACGCUUAUGUCAAGGGCGUCCGUGGCCAAGUUAACUGGGAAGAUGGGUAUGCAGCCAUGGUCAAAGACGCCGAGGUGGUGCCGGUGUCGAACAAUGACCCUCGCGACAAGACAGGUUCAACCAAGGAAGGAAGAGGAGCAUUACCCGAUUGGAAAGAACGGGGAUUUAUCUCUACCAAAUACACAAGAUCUGUGAGCCGGGCAGUGGAGUAUGCCCAAAACGAUUUUGGCCUUUCACAGGUCGCUAAAGGCUUGGGAAAGACGGACGAGGCUGAAAAGUAUAUGAAUCGAUCGCGAAAUUGGAGGAACCACUGGAACAAGGACAUGAAGGCACUUGGGUUUUCUGGUUUCCUUGGACCAAAGGGCGAAGAUGGGCUAUUCCAGGAGCAGGACCCCUUGAGUUGUCGCGGCUGCUACUGGGGUGACAAUUACUACGAAGCACUGCCGUGGGAGUACACCUUUGGGGCUCAUCACGACAUCAACACAUUAAUUGACUACUCAGGGGGUCAGCGGAACUUUACAAGCCGCCUUAAGUGGACUUUCGAGCCCAAUGUCCGUCCUACGGGCCACGAGGGAUUCAACAGAAUGAUCUUUAACCCCGGCAAUGAGCCGAGCUUUACAACACCCUAUCUUUACAACUUCGUGGGUCGUCAGGAUCUGACGGUCAACAUCACACGCUACCUCGGAAAGACUUACUAUGGUGUUCGGCCUAACGGCUUGCCGGGCAACAGUGAUGCCGGUGCCAUGGAGUCGUGGCUUCUUUGGGUUAUGCUGGGUCUUUACCCCAUGACAGGGCAGACAACUUUUCUCAUCGGCUCACCUUGGCUUGACGAUAUCACAAUUUCGUUGGCGGACGGAAAGUCCCUUCAAGUUACCUCCACAGGCGGUUCCGAGGAUUCGUUCUACGUUCAGAGUCUCAAAGUCAACGGGGAGAACUGGACAAAGUCGUGGGUUACCUGGGACGAAAUAUUUGCCAAUGGCGGAAAGCUCGAGUUCACCCUUGGCCCAGAGCCAUCCAACUUUGGUGCCAUCAGCGCCAAAAGCCCAGCGCCUCCCAGCCCGGCGAGCGAGGCCAAGUUGGGAGAAACAUACAUGGGUUCCUUGGGUGGCUACCCUGCCAACAUGAAUAAAGGUAGUCCUUCGUGGCUCAUUCCUGUGGCUGUCACGAUCCCGAUAGUCGUUGUGGCAGCGCUCGCCAUCUGUGCCAUAUUCUUCAUCAUCCGCAAGCGCCGUGCAGCCGCCACACAGAAGGCGUUGGCUUCCGGCUCGGAAACUCCCGAAUCCGGAGAGGGUGCUCUUACACCAAUGACUCAAGCAGUUGGCGCUUCCAAGGCGAAUAUUAAGGUCGAGGUUGUGAACGCGGCGCCUCUAGACUCAACUCACGGUGCCAAUCCAAUACAGCUACCUCCACCUAUCGCCGGCAGGUGAACACCUAGCUGGUUUUCCUGAUUUCAUCUGUGCAUAUCCAAAGGAAUAAUUCUCUCUCUGAACAUAAUCCCUUGUUGGGACACAGCACCAAUCUUCUGCUGCUAUUUUUCUCACCAUGUUUUUUUUUGGCGGCGUUAUUAUCCGGAGAUACCCUGAGCAAUCUUGGCUCAUUUAACUCAUUAAUAUCUGUGUGUUUUUUUCACGACUGCAUAGCUUGGCGCAAGGAAGGGGUCUGAAAGAAAAUCAAAGCAUUAUCAUUAUCAGAAUUGCAUCAGCGUUAGACAACCUUAUUUAUUACAGUACAAAGACCC